AUGGGCUUCUUCAUCUCGCGGACAUGGCGGCUGCCAAAGAUCGUCUGGUUCCUCAUCAUCUUUGAGCUGCCCUUCACCGUCGCCAACCUUGCGCUCUUCGGCAUUGCCUCACCAAAACUGUAUCGCACUAUUUUGUGGAGAGUGGGUGGAGAGAAAGGCUUCAAUUCGGAACCCUCAACUGUUCUGUACUC